AUGAAAUCAAAUCAUUUAACAAUCAUAUUAUUAUUAUUGAUUGGUAUUGCUUGUAUUGCAACUAUAACUAGUGCUAGAGAUGUAGUCGUUAAUAAACAAAGUGGUUUACAUCAAAAUAAUAAUAAUCAUCAUGGUCAUGACCCAUCAGCUGCAUCAUCUUAUAGUUAUUCAUCCUCGUCAUCAUCUUCCUCUUCUUCCUCUUCUUCUUCUUCUUCUUCUUCCUCAACAACUACAAAGAAAUCAUCAUCAUCAUCAACAACCAAAAAUUACAAACAAAAACAACAAAACCCUGGAAACCAAGUUGGAGAUGGAAAAGAAGAUAAUAUUGUAACUGUAUUGAAUACAUGUCAAGAUGGAAUAUGUGAAACUGAAUAUUUGGUCAAUAGUGUAGAGGAACAUUCUGAAGUACACAACUUUGUUUAUACAUCAUCUAAAUCUAGAGAUGGUGUAUCAAUCUCUUACUCUAAUGUUAAUGGAAAAGAAACACUUAAAAUGAAAGGUGCUCCAGACAAUAUCUCUCAACAACAAAAACAAUUUAUAAUGAAUGAAUUUAGAAAAGAAAUGCAACAAAAAAAAUAA